UCUCUAACUGGGCCAAAUUGGACUCUAUUCAAAGAUAGCAGCAUGUAGUGAGAGAGUGAUUUUUCUCCACCAAUAGAAGGAAGAGACCUCACGGUUAGCCCAUGAGACCGCCCCUUGAUAACGCAAAAGAGGAUCGAUUCCUUUUUCGAACUGGAAAAAUCUUUACUUUCACGUUGACACUUGAACACCUUUUCUCGUGAAUUUCUUCAUUAAUCACUUCCAUAUCUACAUUGUUGAACUCUCUCUCCACUCCCAAAAUGUCUCUGCAUUGUUGAACUCUCUGUAAAUUUGCUCAUUUUCUCAAUGUCUGCGGCGACCACACUUCCUCUACUCACCGCCGGAUUGUGCCAACCGAGACUCUCUUUUCCGUUCUCUCUCAAUCUCCACCGUCCAUUUCCAAGUUUUUCACGUUCGCACACCUCUCAUGGACUCAAACCGUUACGAGCCUCCGCAAGUGAACCAAUCUCCCAAACAACUUCAACUGUAACAGUUGAAAACGACUCGGUCUCGGACUCGACUGCCUUCGUGAUCAGAGCCAAGAACAGGAUUGGUCUCCUCCAAUUGAUCACUAGGGUUUUCAAAGUCCUAGGGCUUCGAAUCGAGAAGGCCAUUGUGGAAUUCGAAGGUGACUUCUUAGUUAAGAGGUUCUUCGUCACUGAUUCGCAUGGGAAUAAGAUCGAAGAUGGCGAGAAUUUGGAUCGGAUUGAGAAGGCAUUGAUGGAGGCCAUUGGUGGUGGUGGUGGUGGAGAGGCGUCGAUGGCGAUGGCGAGUACGAGAGGGAUCGUGGUGAGGAGAGCUGGAUUGGUGGGGGAUGAUGCUGGAGAUCGGAAGGCGAAGGCGAAGGCUGAGAGGAUGUUUGCGUUGAUGGAUGGAUUUCUGAAGAAUGAUCCAAUUAGUCUUCAGAGGGACAUUCUUGAUCACGUUGAAUACACGGUGGCGAGGUCAAGGUUCAGUUUUGAUGACUUUGAGGCUUAUCAGGCAUUAUCACACAGUGUGAGGGAUCGGCUAAUUGAGAGGUGGCAUGAUACUCAGCAAUACUUUAAGAAGAAAGACCCUAAGCGCCUAUACUUCCUCUCACUUGAGUUUCUAAUGGGUCGUUCCUUAUCAAAUAGCGUUAUAAAUCUUGGCGUCCGGGCCCAAUACGCUGCUGCUCUAAGCCAGCUUGGUUUUGAGUUUGAAGUCUUGGCCGAGCAGGAAGGAGAUGCGGCCCUUGGUAAUGGUGGCUUAGCUCGCCUUUCAGCUUGCCAAAUGGAUUCUUUAGCAACAUUGGACUAUCCAGCAAUGGGUUAUGGGCUACGUUAUCAGUAUGGGUUGUUCCGUCAGAUCAUAUUGGAUGGGUUCCAACAUGAACAACCUGAUUAUUGGUUGAAUUUCGGGAACCCCUGGGAAAUAGAGCGGGUCCAUGUAUCGUAUACAGUGAAGUUCUAUGGGACUGUUGAAGAGCAAAGUUUAAAUGGGGAGAAAUGUAAAAUUUGGGUCCCAGGAGAAACAGUUGAAGCUGUUGCUUACGACAAUCCUAUCCCUGGUUAUGGAACGAGGAAUACCAUCAAUCUCAGAUUGUGGGCUGCUAAACCCAGUAACCAAUAUGAUUUGGAGUCUUUUAAUACUGGAGAUUAUAUAAAUUCUGUUGUUAAUACACAAAAGGCUGAGGCCAUAAGCAAUAUCUUGUAUCCUGACGACCGUUCUUAUCAGGGGAAGGAACUGCGACUAAAGCAGCAGUAUUUCUUUGUUUCAGCAUCAUUACAAGAUAUCAUUCGGAGGUUCAAAGAUGGACAUGAUAACUUUGAUGACUUCCUGGGAAAGGUUGCUCUACAGUUGAAUGAUACUCAUCCAUCUCUUGCUAUACCUGAGGUCAUGAGAGUGCUUGUUGAUGAAGAACAUCUGGGUUGGAAUAGAGCAUGGGACAUUGUGUGCAAACUUUUCUCUUUCACUACUCACACCGUACUGCCUGAAGCACUGGAGAAAAUCCCUGUUGAUCUCAUGGGGAGUCUUCUUCCACGUCAUUUACAAAUUAUAUAUGACAUAAACCUCAACUUUAUGGAAGAGUUGAAAGGGAGGAUUGGACUGGAUUACAGUCGGCUGUCUCAGAUGUCAAUUGUUGAUGAAGGUGCUGUCAAGAGUAUUCGAAUGGCAAACUUGUCAAUGGUUUGUUGUCAUACUGUCAAUGGUGUUUCCGGUGUACAUUCUGAAUUAUUGAAAUCAAGAGUGUUUAAGGAUUUUUAUGAGCUAUGGCCUCAGAAAUUUCAGUACAAGACUAAUGGAGUAACACAGCGUCGCUGGAUUGUGGUGAGCAAUCCUAAUUUAUGUGCUCUUAUCUCAAAAUGGCUUGGAACAGAGGCAUGGAUUCGUAAUGUUGACCUCUUAGCAGGUCUGCAAGAAUUUGCAUCAAAUCCUGAUUUACAACAAGAAUGGAAGAUGGUCAGGAAGGUCAAUAAAAUGAGGCUGGCUGAGUACAUUGAAGCAAUGAGUGGAGUGAAGGUCAGCGUGGAUGCAAUGUUUGAUGUGCAGAUAAAGCGAAUACAUCAGUACAAAAGGCAACUGUUAAAUAUAUUAGGCAUUAUACAUCGAUACGACUGCAUAAAGAAUAUGGAGAAGAGUGACAAGACGAAGGUUGUUCCUCGUGUGUGCAUAGUUGGGGGGAAAGCAGCUCCUGGUUAUGAAAUUGCAAAGAAGAUUAUCAAACUGUGUCAUGCUGUUGCAGAAAAGAUUAACAAUGAUGAUGAUGUUGGAGAUCUCCUAAAAUUGGUUUUCAUCCCUGAUUAUAAUGUUUCUGUUGCUGAAUUGGUAAUUCCAGGGAGUGACCUUUCACAACACAUUAGCACUGCAGGACAUGAGGCAUCUGGAACUGGCAGCAUGAAAUUUUUGAUGAACGGCUGUUUACUAUUAGCUACAGCAGAUGGGUCCACUGUUGAAAUUAUUGAAGAAAUAGGAGCAGAUAACAUGUUUUUAUUUGGUGCAAAAGUGAAUGAGGUUCCAACAUUGCGAGAUAAAGGAGCUGCCCUUAAACCGCCUCUUCAAUUUGCACGUGUUGUAAGGAUGGUUCAGGAUGGCUAUUUUGGCUUCAAAGACUAUUUCAAGUCGUUAUGUGAUACCGUGGAGGAUGGUAGCGAUUUCUAUCUCCUGGGUCAUGAUUUUUCUAGUUAUCUGGAGGCUCAGGCUGCUGCUGACAGAGCAUUUGUUGAUCAAGAAAAGUGGACUAAGAUGAGCAUCCUUAGUACUGCUGGCUCGGGAAGAUUCAGCAGUGAUAGAACAAUCGAAGACUAUGCGGAGAAGACCUGGGGAAUCGAACCAUGCAAAUGCCCUUUCUGACCAGUAGUAAGAAAACAAAAUAGAGCUGCCCAUGCUACCUUAAUCUCUAGCAAUUUUCCGUUUCAGCAAUUCUGUUGACAGUCCCAUGGCUGCGGGAUCUCGCCCUUCAGAUUGAAUUGAAAAAGGUAUGGCUGGCAGUGGUGGCCUUUCCUCCCACCACCAAGGCAACUAACUACUAUGUUGUUUUAAGUAAUUACUCUGAUUGUGUUUGGUCAAUACAGAACUUUUGGUUACUAAUUUUAAUUGCUCUAUUCCUCACUCAAAUACUUAAUGCUAUUCUGUAGUCCGAAGACUUGGUGCCCUUUUGCCAAUAAAAAUAAAUAAAUGAAAUAAAAUAAAAAGAUAUGGUGCCACUUUGCUUCAAAA